UCUCUCUCUCUCUCUCUCUCUCUCUCUCUCUCUGUCGUCGUGCCGGCCUCAAUCUCUCUGCGACCGGUUCAAAUCGUUGAAGAGAGCUUCGACAGCACUGUCGCGCACUAACCCAGUCUUCGCCUCCGUCUCCGUCCUCGGCAUUUCGCAUUCCGCGAGAUGAGCGUGUGCUGAAGGGAAGGCGUCCGGGCGAUCACGGAAGCGAUGGCCACGAGCUUCGGUUCGAGGGCGCCCCACAAUCAGAGGGCGAGCAACGGCGCUCAUGGCUCUUCUUCUUCGUCGGCGUCGGCGCCGGCGGCGAGAAGUAACGGCAAUGCAAGCCAGGGACAGAGCAAUCGCCCCAAGGCACCGGGCUCCAGGCGCUCCGUCACCCCUAACUCCCGAGCGCACACCAAUGCCGGCGCCGACGGAGAUUCAGGCAGGGUUAGAGUCGCUGUCAGACUUAGACCAAGAAACUCAGAGGAUCUACUCUUGGACGCUGACUAUGCUGAUUGCGUCGAAUUGCAGCCUGAGAUGAAGCGGUUAAAGUUGAGAAAAAACAAUUGGAAUUCUGAAUCAUAUAGAUUUGAUGAAGUCUUCACGGAUACUGCCUCCCAAAGACGUGUUUAUGAAGUGGUAGCAAAACCUGUUGUUGAGAGUGUUUUGAGUGGCUACAACGGGACUAUCAUGGCUUAUGGUCAAACUGGCACUGGCAAGACGUACACAGUUGGGCGACUAGGCAAAGAUGAUGCAUCAGAGCGUGGUAUAGUGGUUAGAGCUUUAGAGGACAUCAUUUCUAAUAUUUCUCAUGCUUCCGGUAGCGUGGAAGUAUCCUAUCUGCAGUUAUAUAUGGAAUCCAUACAAGAUUUGCUUUCCCCAGAAAAGAUUAACAUUCCCAUUACCGAGGACCCCAAAACUGGGGAAUUGGCACUGCCUGGAGCCACAGUAGUUAAUGUUCAUGGUGUCGAUCAUUUUCAAGAGUUGUUGCAAGUUGGUGAGGCAAAUCGUCAUGCAGCUAAUACAAAGCUAAAUACUGAAUCUUCACGCAGUCAUUCGAUUCUCAUGGUCAAUGUUCGAAGAUAUGUUGAUGGUCAAGAUAAAGAUGAGACCAAUCUCCAGGACAGGGAUCAGACUAAUUUACCUCGUAGCAAGCCCAUUCCUAUAGUUCGCAAAAGCAAAUUGCUAAUCGUGGAUCUUGCUGGAUCAGAAAGACUAGAUAAAUCUGGCAGUGAGGGCCAUUUGCUUGAAGAGGCUAAGUUUAUUAAUCUUUCUCUCACUUCUCUCGGCAAAUGCAUAAAUGCCUUGGCUGAGAACAGUGCACAUAUACCUUUCAGGGACUCUAAGCUGACAAGAUUGCUUCGUGAUUCAUUUGGAGGUUCAGCAAGGACCUCGCUUAUCAUAACAAUUGGGCCAUCUGCACGACAUUAUGCUGAGACCACUAGCACGAUUAUGUUUGGGCAGCGGGCAAUGAAAAUUGUUAAUAUGAUGAAACUCAAAGAAGAAUUUGAUUAUGAAAGUUUAAGCCGUAAGUUGGAGAGUCAGGUAGACCACCUUACUGCAGAAGUGGAGAGGCUCGAAAAGUUGAGAGAGAAUGAUAAGGGCAAACUGGAGAGACAGCUUAAGGAGUGUGAAGACUCUUUUUCCAGGGCAGAAAAAAGUCUAAUGAAAAGGUCCGAGUUCUUAGAAAAGGAAAAUGAUCGUCUGGAGUCAGAGAUGAAAGACAUUUUAUUUGAAUUAAACCGCCAAAAAGAUGAGAACGGUCUGAUGCAUAACAAGAUUUCAGAGCACCAAGCAAAUAUAAAUUACAUCCAGGAGCAGCAGCGUCUAGAAGCAUCUACUUAUCAGAGCAUACUAGCAGAUACCACACAGAUGUAUGAGAAGAAAAUAGCAGAGUUGAUUAGGCAAUCAGAAGAGGACCGUUCCUGUGCCAUGAAUGCCGAGGAACAAUUAGACCGUAUGAAGGAGCUUUUGAGUGAUCAUCAGACAACUAUUCAGCAACAUGAGAUGGAACAUUGUUCUUAUCAGAAGACACUUGAUGAAACUACUCAGAUGUAUGAGAAGAAAAUUGCUGACCUAAUGAAGCAAUUAGAGGACAAACAUGGCCGUUUUGAAGCCGUUGAAGAGCAACUCAAUUUGGCGAAGAAGCUUUUAAGUGAUUCUCAGAGCUCCAUGCAGGGGCAAAAAGAGAUCAACGAACUCAACAUGAAGUUAGAAGAGAUGCACAAGCUUCAUGAGGAAGGUGCAGAUGAACUUCAAUUCAGAAAAGCGGGAUACGAAGCUCUUUUACAUGAGAAGGUAAAGUUAACGGAAGACCUUCAUACGAUGAGGGAAAGACUUCUACAAGAAGAAAAGCAGAGGAAGAAUAUUGAGGAUGAGCUAAUUAAGGUAAAGAAGCUUGUAGCUGAUAACGAGAAAGAUCAAAAGGAGAAGCAACUAGACAUGAAAGAAAAUGUUGGUAAAGGGUCUUCACCAAAUUGUUCUAUGGGGGUUCUCCAUAAAUCAAACCCAUUUAAGGAGACACAAUCAAGUCAGAGGACCACGAUUGCGAAAAUAUGUGAAGAAGUUGGUAUGGAAAAAAUAUUAGCAUUAUUAGCAUCUGAAGAUAUCGAUGUCCAAAUUCAUGCCGUGAAAGUGGUGGCUAAUCUUGCUGCUGAAGACAUUCAUCAAGAAAAAAUUGUGGAAGAAGGAGGCUUGGAUGCACUGCUUAUGUUGUUGCAGUCAUCACGAAAUGCAACUGUGCUUAGAGUGGCCUCUGGUGCCAUUGCCAAUUUGGCAAUGAACGAGUUGAACCAAGGCUUGAUAAUGAGCAAAGGAGGCGCUCGGUUACUUGCAAAUGUAGCAUCUACAACAGACGAUCCGCAGACUCAAAGAAUGGUGGCUGGUGCAAUUGCUAACUUAUGUGGAAAUGAAAAAUUGCAUGUGAUGUUGAAGGAAGAUGGAGGCCUGGAAGCACUUCUGGGAAUGGUUAGAUCAGGGAUUAAUGAUGUCACGGCACAGAUUGCUAGAGGAUUCGCUAAUUUUGCCAAAUGUGAAUCCCGAGCGGUUAUUCAAGGACAUCGGAAAGGCCGUUCACUUCUCAUGGAAGAUGGUGCCCUUGAGUGGUUGCUUGCAAACUCCGACUGCGCUUCUACUUCAAUCAAGCGCCAUAUCGAGCUCGCUCUGUGCCACUUGGCGCAAAACAAGGAUAAUUGGAGGGAUUUCAUGUCCAGUGGGGCAGUGAAACGAAUACAAAGAAUUUCAGUUGAAUCCAGUAGAGAAGACAUCCGGAACCUAGCGAAGAAAACUUUGAAGCUCUUCCCUACGCAUCAAACCGACCUGUACCCUACCCAUCAAACCGACUUGUACUGAGAGUAGCCACUUCCCAAAUAUAUUACAGUGCGUAUACUGUAUAUUGAGAUGUACCUCCUGUUUAUGUUCUUAGUAGAAUUGUAUUAAACUAGAAACCUCUUUCUCAUUAUAUUGACAAUGCAUUUUCAUAAGCUAA